UAUUAAAUCUAGGUUGUGCUGUGUGUGGUUCUUUGCUGAAGGAAGGUGCAAGUUGCUUUGUAAAUUCGUUUUCAAAAAUUAAAUGUUGCAAGUCCUUCUUCAAGCGGUCUGUCAGGCGGAACCUGACGUACUCCUGUAGGGGCAAUCGGAACUGUCCCAUCGACCAGCACCAUAGGAACCAGUGCCAGUACUGUAGACUGCGAAAAUGCCUCAAGAUGGGCAUGAGGAGAGAAGCUGUACAAAGAGGCAGAGUUCCCCCGACGCAACCCGCCGGUCUAGCCUUACCGGGUCAAUUCGCCCUCACGAAUGGUGACCCAGCGGCUGGGCUUAACAGCCAUCCCUACCUCUCCUCCUACAUUUCUCUGCUCCUCAGAGCAGAACCUUAUCCGACAUCACGAUACGGCCAAUGUGUGCAACCUACUAAUGUCAUGGGUAUAGAUAAUAUUUGCGAGUUAGCCGCAAGGUUACUCUUCUCCGCCGUCGAAUGGGCGAGAAACAUCCCCUUCUUUCCUGAACUUCAAGUGACGGACCAAGUCGCGUUAUUAAGGCUCGUUUGGUCCGAGCUGUUCGUUCUAAACGCGUCCCAGUGUUCAAUGCCGCUCCACGUGGCUCCCUUACUUGCCGCCGCCGGUCUCCACGCGUCACCGAUGGCGGCCGACCGGGUGGUGGCGUUUAUGGACCACAUACGAAUCUUCCAAGAGCAAGUGGAGAAGCUGAAAGCGCUCCACGUUGACUCGGCGGAGUACUCCUGUCUGAAGGCGAUCGUCCUCUUCACGACAGACGCGUGCGGUCUCUCCGACGUGCCACACAUAGAGAGUCUCCAAGAGAAAUCCCAGUGCGCGCUCGAAGAAUACUGCAGAAGUCAGUACCCGAACCAACCCACACGGUUCGGGAAGCUGCUGCUCCGACUGCCCUCCCUCCGGACCGUCAGCUCGCAAGUCAUAGAGCAGCUGUUCUUCGUGCGGCUAGUCGGUAAGACCCCCAUCGAGACCCUCAUACGGGACAUGCUCCUCUCCGGCAGUUCCUUCUCGUGGCCGUACAUGGCGACCAUGUGACAUACGAUGUGGCGUCAGCUAGCGGCCGCAUGAUCCACGCCCUACGGCUUCCCGUACCUGCCGAGCCAGCGCCUCGACCUGCGGUACCGGGAGGCCCCCGAAGACGCCGUCACGUCGUCCAGCGAGCUCCCCGAGCAGGAGGACUUCUUCAGGAACAGGGAGGACAGAUCCGACCCCUGUCCCACCUUCGACCCGAUAUCCGCGUUCUAUCCACCCAAGGCGGAGGACGACGCGCAAAAAGCUCAAAAAACACUCACCAUCGACAGCCUGCUGAACGUCAGAAGUGAUGCGUGCGCGAACACUAAGUAGUACUCCGGGGUAGCGUGUUAGUUCAAGUUUUGUUCCUCUGUAAUAUAUCUAGGCUAGAUAUUUAAUGUGUAAAUACAAAUUCUAUUAUUGUAAAUUUAUGUAUAUUUAUAAAUAAGGUCUAGUGGAGUGUUUUCUACGGUGUUCAGAUAUGGAUGCUAUGUAAAGAUUUACAGAUUUCCUUUCUAUUAUAGAAAUAUUAUUUUGAAUAUAUUUCACUUGUCGUAAUCGAGGAUUGACAGGCAAUAAUUGUGCAAUGAUGUGGUAUGUAUCUAUAAGAAACAAUUGAAUAUGUUUAAAAAAUUACCAAAUUUUGUCGAUUCAUUGUUAUGGUGCGUCUACACAGGUCUAUAUUAUUAUAUAUAUCAAACACCAAAGAACAAUAACUAUUGUAGUGUCUGAUAGUGAAAUAGCUACAAUGAAUGUUUUCACAAUUUUUGGUCACAACUAUAUGAGAUGACUUCAAUAGUAGUGUCCUUAUACAAGAAGAAAUAGUUUACUGAAUAGUAUAAAAUUAAAUAAAUGAAAAUAAUCGAUAUUAUCUAGCUUGGAGAACAAAGCUCAUGAAGCAUAAAGCAAUAACAAUACACUUAAAUAUUUUUAGACCUGUUAGGACGAGACAUUAAUGAAUCUACAUCCAGUUUAUUUUCCAAGUAGGCAUUAUGUAUGUUACUCAAAGUUUUUCUUUUCAUUUAAUGGUGCUGUCUUAUAAAUGUACAAAAAUAAUUCCGAAACGCAUUUACUGUAUUUCUCUUAUCUUGUACAAGUCUAUUUGAAAUUUUUAUUAUUUGUAUUGUUUUAUAUUUUUGUACUUUAUAAUUAUUUAAUAGAUAUAUUGUAUGAUUUUAUAUUCUUAGUUUGAUAACGCGUGUUUAGUACAUUUAAUAAUCUUUAUUUAUACAGGGUUGUAACUCGUAAUAUUCUUAAUAGAGGUGGCAUUAUUUUGUCAUUCGAUAAUUUUUGGGAAUUAUAAAAUAAUACGAUUAUAUUGAAGUUUUUAAGCGUUGUUUGAAGAGCAUUUUGUGUUUAUUUUAAAUUGAAGAACUGUUUUACGAACACUCAAUUUAUCUACGUAAUAACAAUCGAGCUAUGAAAUAGGCAAUCGUAACUUCCUCCUGAAAAGACUAACUUAUUUGUAAAUAACUGAUUACAAAAAGAAUGUACAUAUUAAAAAUUGAAGAAAAAUUAUUUUGUUUUUAUUUGGUCUACCUUAUUAUUCAAUACAAAUUACAUACUGUUUACAUUACCUUUAAAUCAAUACAGUUCCUGAAUACAAAAGACGAAGAAAGUUUAAAAGUAAAAACCAAAAUGCUCUCCAUCCAUUGCGGCUCUCUCCUGCCAAACUAAACUGAAUAUUGAUAACAAGAAGCAAUGUAUGUAACGCAAUAAUUGUACAGAUGUAUGUAGACGUGUGUGCGUGUAUGGAGUUGUACAAAGGCAUAUUGACGAAUAAAACAUGUCUUUACAA